GGUUUUUGGGGGGGACGGCGAGAAGCUGAAGCGUCAUGGAGUAGGAGGAGAUCCGCGGCUCAGAGCUGCACAGAGCGUCGCGUAGUAGUGACGUAAUUGCUAAGGUGAGGCUCUCGCUUGCGCGCCUGCGGGGCCGGCGGCGGCGAAAGUAUCUGCCUGGGCGCUUCGCAGGGGCUUAGAAAAGGCCGAAUCAGGAUACCACUGCGUGUACUGGCAGUUACAACAACCUUUCCAUCUUAACUUUCUGGGAGUCCAAGGAGAAAGAAUCACCAGGGUAAGCUUAAAAAAUCUGGAUGGGAGGAGUGGCGGAGGAAGGCUUGAGUAGUGAAAAAGAGAGAGGGCUCUGAACUAGAAAUAUUAAACUUGAUAUGACAGACCCAGACGUUCUCACUGAAGUCCCAGCUGCUCUGAAGCGUCUUGCCAAGUAUGUGGUACGUGGCUUCUACGGUACUGAACAUGCUUUGGCCCUGGACAUUCUAAUUCGGAAUCCAUGUGUAAAAGAGGAGGACAUGCUGGAAUUGCUGAAGUUUGAUCGGAAGCAGUUGCGAGCUGUUCUCAACACUCUUAAAGGUGACAAGUUCAUCAAAUGCAGGAUGAGAGUGGAGACAGCCUCAGAUGGCAAGAUGACACGGCACAACUUCUAUUUCAUCAAUUACCGCCUAUUGGUCAAUGUUGUUAAAUACAAGCUAGACCACAUGAGAAGGAGGAUUGAGACAGAUGAAAGAGACUCCACCAACCGAGCCUCCUUCAGAUGUCCUAUUUGCUUCAGCACCUUCACAGACUUAGAGGCAAAUCAGUUGUUUGAUCCUAUGACAGGAAUUUUUCGCUGUACCUUUUGCGAGACUGAAGUGGAGGAAGAUGAAUCGGCAAUGCCCAAAAAGGAUGCACGGACACUUGUGGCACGAUUUAAUGAACAGAUAGAGCCUAUCUAUGCACUGCUCCGUGAGACUGAGGAUGUUAACCUAGCCUACGAAUUACUUGAACCUGAGCCUAUGGAGAUUCUUGCACUAAAGCAGAGCAAGGAGCGGGCAGUUGGUGCACUGGGAAACAGCAGUCUACUAAGCGGGCAGCACAAGGAAGCCUGGACUACCAAGGGACCCUCUUAUGAGGACUUGUAUACCCAGAAUGUCAUCAUCAGUAUGGAGGACCAAGAGGAUCUGCACCAGCCAGCAAAUGAAGGGAAGCCACCCAGAGAGAGACCAGUUUGGCUGCGGGAGAGCACAGUGCAAGGGGCUUUUGAUCCUGAUGAUGUCAAAGAAGGUGGUCAGGACACAAAUAUGUUACAGGAAGGAGAAGAAGGUCAGGCUGCUCUAGACAAUAACGAAGAGGUGAUGCGUGCUCUGCUUAUCCAUGAAAAGAAAACCCCCUCUGCCUCUGCAGCUGCCAUGGGAGGUAUUGCUCCGUUAUCUAGUGCCAAUGCCAGUGACUCUGAGAGCGAGACGAGCGAAUCAGAUGAGGACUCCCCUCCCCACGUGGCCACUGCUGCAACAACACUCUAUGGGCUAGCAGAAGAAGAUGAUGACGAUGAAUUUGAGGUGGUGACAGAGGAUCCCACCGUUAUGGUGGCAGGACGCCCAUUUUCUUACAGUCAAGUAAACCAACGGCCUGAGCUGGUGGCCCAAAUGACUCUGGAGGAGAAAGAGCAGUAUAUAGCUAUGGGCCAGCGAAUGUUUGAAGACAUGUUUGAUUAGCUUCCUUCUAUUUGGGCAGUAUUUAUAGAUAAUGAUCAACUGGAAAUUCUGGAAUAGAGCAAAAAAACUGAAUUAUAUCCUCACCCUUUCAUAGUUAAUUCAGUUAUUCUUUAGAAUCCCACCGAGAAACUCACAUGAGCAAUCAUAUUGAUAAAGAGGAAGCCAUCCACAGAUGUAGUAUGAGCAUGUGACAGCGUACAGGGCAGUCCAGACACAGUGUGUCAUGUGCACAUGUGCACACAGAGCUAUGUUUAGUCUUCAAGUUUUGAGAUCCCAAUUAUUAGCUUGUUCUUGUUUGCUUUUGACCUAGGAAAAAUGAAUACUUUUAACAUGAAUGUUCCUUUGGUUGCUUUUUUCCUGUUUUGAAAGGGGGUUGUGGAAGGCAUUAUCUUAAGUUUACUGGAUUCUGAAAGUUACCAAUAGCAGCUCCUCUUAAAAUAAUAUUUGAAGAUUGUUGCUUCAGAAUUGUGUAUGAUCUGGUUGGAUCUGUUUAUUGCCUUCCAGACAUGACAUUUUGGUAGUUUUAUUUCCAACAAACAGAUAAGCAGGAUACAUAUAUUGUCCCCGUGUACCUUUUUUCAAGUGUUAUAGAUUCUGUUUGUAAAAGAAUACAUAGCCACAGAGAACAUAUGCACAAUCACGUUAACCAGUGGAUAUUUGAUCACCACAGUGGUUGAAAUAGCUUCAUGAAGAAAGAGAGGCACAGUGGAACCAGGUAGACAUUUUGGUUAUUGCUGACUAGGAGGAAGAUGCUCCAUAGAACAUUUUCCACAGAGAAUGGUACAUUUUACAGUCUUGUAAAAUUUUAAAAUUUAUUUUUCAGGUCGGUGUUUCUUUGUUAAGAUGAGCAGAUUCCUGUCUUUUCAUGUAAACACUUCACCUGCUGUGCUAUAAUUUUCAAAUGAGGAGACUUGACUUUAAAAUGUAAAUUUACUGUAGUUCUCCCAUAGUUUACAAAAGUGCUGUUAUACUUCCCAUUGCAUGUCAGAAUCAGGCCUCACUUGGCUCCCAGAAAGAUGAGCUCAAACUCUCAAAAUGUUUCUUUCCAUGCUGCAUUGUCCAGGUUGAAGAGAAAAAACUGUUCAUGUUCUCCAACCUGCCAUAAGAGGACUAGGAAUGCAAUAGGACUGCCUUUUUCAAUUCAUGGACUCUUGAGUGUAUUUGUCAUCCAAGUAAGUUGGGGUGGGAGUAAUAUUUUAUUUUGGCACAAACCCAAAGGGUUUUAUAAUUUUAAAAAGAUUAUGCAGAACUUUGUUAGAUAUCAGCAUUUAGCAUGAUACAUUCUGUAUCAAUAUUUCCAGCAGUGCCUAUAUGAACAAAUCCAAUGUUGUAAUGUUUUCCCUUUUAAAAAUAUUACAGUUUUAAAAAAUCAUUGUAUUUUUCUUAUUUGGCAUCACGCUAGAGCAGAGUGGUAAAAGGAAUGUGUAUUUCAAAGCUCUAGCAUCUGUCACACAUUCUGUUUUAAUUUAUACCACUUCAGUAAAUUAUCAGGACUGUAAAGUGUAAAGCUGUUGUAUGCUGACCAUGUAUGUCUUGCUAUAUCUGUGAGGUUUCUUUUAUGAAUUUAUCUUCAGAAAUUUUGAUAGGCAGUAGAUGGAAGAAAAUGUUAGACAAAGUUCAUCUAUCUUAAAAUAAAAAAGGAACAAAUAAUGUUCCAUUGAUUUUUCAUAAAUUAAUAAGCAAGUUGGAGCAGCUGGCUUUUCUUUUUCAGUUCAACACAAAAUGAAGUACAAAUAUGUCUGUACUUGCUAUUCUGCUACUAGGUAGAUGAUCAGGAACUGGCAGGCCUUUGCCUAAAUUUAGGCCUGAUAUCUGAUAUUUGGCCUCCUACCCAUGAUGGCAUGUGGUUGCUACUGCUAAAGGCCAUAGAAGUCCUGUUCUAGGCAAAGAUAAGAGAACAUAAUUAAAGGGGGACAGGAAGUACACAUCUCCAUAUGCAUUUAAUUAUCAUACCACACUCAAGUUUCAACAUUUCUGUUUUUGCCAUGUGUGGUUUGUAUUUUUAUUGUGUUUUUAAGAUAUGUAAGGUAGGAUUUAUGUCCUGAAGGAUGCAGAUAUUAAUAAUUGUAAUUAAAUAAAUAAAUACUGCCAACUACCCUAAAACUAAAAAAGCAACUGCUUUUGGUAAUGAAAUCUGGGUAUGUUUUAUUAGACAAUAUUUUACAGAUUCCAUAUUAUGACUUGAAGGAGGUUCAUAAUGAAACACAUUCUGUCAGCACCUGGUAGACUUCCUUAUUCUUGUAAACUAGGCGCCAAGCAAAGUACUUGGGUAUUAGUAUACCAAGUAAAUAAUAGUUUUUUAAAAAAAUGUAUAGACAUUUUUCAAGAAAAAAUGCUUCCUAAAGCAAUUUUUAAAAAUGCACCAAAAUAUAAUAUAGCAGAAAAACACAGCAUUUUCAUCUCAAAACACUACUCAAGAAUCAUCUGAAUAAAUUAACACAAGUUACUUUGGCAGGAAGAAGCUCAGUUUUAGACCCUGAAACCCCCAGCCUUUUCAGCAUCAUGUUUAAUAUACAGCACCCUGCAUGUGAGAUUAUUGCUGCUGUUUUGCGAAUACCAGUUUUGAGAAACCAUAAAGACUUGUCAAUUACCUGCUGCUUAGCAGCCUCCCUUUCCAUUUGCUUGUGAACCUCAUGAUAGUUUGGAAUAAUACCUGAACCCCACAACUGUUUGAUUCCUAAGGAAAAUUCCAUUCUUUGCAGUACCUUUCACCUAACGCUGUGAAAGCUGAGUAAUUCAACAGAUGUUGCUCGUGAAGUUUCAUAUUGCAGAAGACAAGUUUUCCGCUCUCUGUUAAAAUUUCUGAACAGCGCUGACCUAACACAGACCUAUAAAUGAACAGUGGAUCUUUUGCUAGUCUGAUGAUGAUUAUUAAAUGUGCACUUACGUGCCUUUCUAUAUUCUUCUAGCUCAGCAUCAGUUUUCCGAGAUGACAAUGAUAGCCAAAAAGAUCUGUAUUAAGAAUUCUACAAUUCUGUUAUACUAAUAUGUGUAUAAAUAAAUAUUCCGUUGUAAAAA